GAAAUAGGAGACGCGAUAAGGAGGAAUCCCUGCUUCCGAAGAUCUCAUCUCCACGGUUUUCGAAGCUUCGGAGAACAGUAAAGUUGACUUCAAAUGGAGAAUACUGAUAUAUAUACACACAUAUAUGUAUAUAUAUGUUUAAGCCAAAAGUAUACCAUACCAAAAGCUUUACAGCAAUGAUGGUCUUCUAUCCAUGUUGUUUGAUCGAGUAGCUUUCACAUUCGUCGCCUUCUUUUCAGAAAAAGAAAUUUGUAAAAUUGAUUGAGCAAGAACUGAGUGAGAUGAAAGUUUUUGCCUUGAUUUUCUGGGGAAUUUUGUGGGCUUUCACCAGCCCCCAAGCGGCAUCGUCUCAUGGAGAUCAGCCACUUUCAAGAAUCGCCAUUGAAAGGGCAGUAGUUGGGCUUCAUCAGGAAGGAGCUUCUCUCAAAGCCUCGCCUUCACUUCUCGGAUUAACGGGCCAAACAAAAGAAUGGGUGACUUUAGAAUAUACUGUUUCGAACCCUUCCAUUGAUGACUGGAUUGGCGUAUUUUCUCCUGCCAACUUCAGUGCUUCUACCUGUCUUGCCGACAAUCCAAUGGUUGCUCCUCCGUUUCUGUGUACUUCACCCAUCAAGUAUCAAUAUGCAAAUUAUAGCAAUCCCAAGUAUAAGGACAACGGGAGAGGGCUUCUAAAGCUUCAAUUGAUCAACCAAAGAUCAGACUUCUCAUUUGGUCUAUUUUCAGGGGGAUUAUCAAAUCCAAAGCUGGUGGCAGUGUCGAAUAUAAUUUCUUUUGCGAACCCAAAUGCACCAGUUUACCCACGCUUGGCACAAGGAAAGACAUGGGAUGAAAUGACUGUAACCUGGACAAGUGGAUAUGGAAUCAAUGAAGCGGAACCUUUUGUUGAAUGGGGUCCAAAGGGUGGAAACAAAAGGCGCUCACCAGCUGGAACACUCACUUUUCAUCGCAACAGCAUGUGUGGUGCUCCGGCAAGAACAGUGGGUUGGCGUGAUCCUGGGUUCAUACACACUAGUUUUCUGAAGGAGCUGUGGCCUAAUUUAUUAUACACUUACAAGCUGGGGCACAAAUUGUUCAAUGGUACAUACAUCUGGAGUCCAAGCUACCAAUUUAAGGCAUCUCCUUAUCCUGGUCAAAACUCUCUUCAGCGUGUAGUGAUAUUUGGCGAUAUGGGAAAGGAUGAGGCUGAUGGCUCCAACGAAUACAAUGAUUUCCAGCGAGGCUCUCUUAACACUACUAAGCAGCUUAUUAGAGACUUGGAGAACAUUGAUAUAGUAUUCCACAUUGGAGAUAUUUGUUAUGCAAAUGGAUAUAUUUCCCAGUGGGAUCAAUUUACUGCACAGAUUGAGCCUAUUGCUUCUACCGUACCUUACAUGAUUGCAAGCGGUAACCAUGAGCGUGAUUGGCCUGGAACAGGUUCCUUCUAUGAGAACAAGGAUUCAGGAGGAGAAUGUGGCGUGCUAGCUGAGACAAUGUUCUAUGUUCCUGCUGAGAAUAGGGCUAAAUUCUGGUAUUCUACUGACUACGGCAUGUUUCGAUUCUGCAUAGCUGACACAGAACACGAUUGGAGAGAGGGAACAGAGCAAUAUAACUUCAUUGAGCACUGUCUGGCAUCUGUAGACAGACAAAAACAACCAUGGCUGAUCUUCCUUGCUCAUCGAGUACUGGGUUAUUCUUCUGCCACUUGGUAUGCCAAUGAAGGGUCCUUUGAGGAACCAAUGGGAAGAGAGAAUCUUCAAAAACUCUGGCAGAAGUACAAGGUUGACAUAGCCAUCUACGGCCAUGUGCACAACUAUGAAAGGACAUGUCCCAUUUACCAGAACAUCUGCACAAAUGAAGAGAGGCACUAUUAUAAGGGCUCCUUGAAUGGGACAAUUCAUAUAGUUGCUGGAGGUGGUGGAGCAAGCCUUGCAGACUUUACUACUCUUCAAACCAAGUGGAGUGUUUUCAAAGAUCAUGAUUAUGGAUUUGUAAAACUCACGGCAUUCAACCAUUCAGAUCUGAUGUUGGAGUACAAGAAAAGCAGCAAUGGGAAGGUUUACGACUCCUUUAGAAUAUCGCGUGACUACGGAGACAUCUUGGCCUGCACUGUGGAUAGUUGCCCAAGUACAACUCUGGCAGCUUGAUCCGAAUGUGGCUGUGGUAUUAGCGAUUAUCUCGGUUCAUUUGGUAGCACAGGCACAGCACUCAUUGACUUAUUUUUGUUUUUGUUUUGACACUGUUAUUUCAUCAUGCAGAACGAACACAAACUGGAUACCGUCGGGUAGCAUAUAGUGGUGCAUUGUGUUUGUGUGCAAACAGUUGCUGGGUAAACGAUGGGAUAAUGGUCAAGUUUGCCUACGAAUUUGAGGAUUGAUCUUAUUGCCGUCUGUGUAGGGAGAGAUGAAUAAAAGUUGUUAAUGUAUAAUGCCUAUGUUGAAUAAUGUAGAGAACAGAAGCAGUGUUGAGGUUUCUUUUUUACUUUUUGUACUCACAAUAACUAUUUUUGCUGGAGUAAUCCAAUAGAGGGUUACCACUAGCUGUGGAAAAUUGUAUAAACCUGUGAUCAAAAUAAUGAUAAAUGUUGGAUCCUUUUGAUUCCUUAA